AUGAAGGCCGGCCAGUACCAGCCCGGGCAGCAACAGCCCGGCUUGCGAAAGCUCCGCAAACUGACGGCGCAGACUUACACAAGAUGGCUUGAAGACGAGCGUGUAGGCUUCGCUUUCUGCACCCUCUACGAAGAAGGAGUCCGGCCGGACAACAUCCUGGAAGCUGCUCGCACAAGGGAGCAGGUCGACCAUCUCCUGCACCCGGAGGAUGUGCCCCGCCAUUGCACGGAUGUUGCCUGGCUCGUCACUUAUGCCAUACUGCUUUCGGCGCUGGUUGCUGUUUGUCUGUGGUAUGCCAAAUCAUCCCCUCUGCUUCGUUUGUCGGACUAUGAGGGGACGGUUUGUGGCAUUGGGAAAACCGUGGACACGCCAAUGGCUUACGUGUGCUCCGUAAACCUGAACGGGUUGCAGACCGCCUUUACGGUGUGUCGCGAGUCCUGCCCCGAAUCCAACCGAUCCAAGUACCGCUGCCGGGAGAAGCCGUCGCGCUAUGACAACGAGACGGCUGUGGACGCGGAGGUGGCGGAUUAUGCCACGGAGACGAUCCCUUUUCAGCUGAGCAACCUUUGUGUGCCCAUGGAGAUGAAACUGAUGAACCACCUCUUCGCAUACCAUGCGAAGGAGGCUGCAGAGGUUCGCAUCUACGUGGUGCUGAAACGCAUGAUUGUGCCGCUGCUGGUUGCAGCCACGGCGGGAAUCUGCAUUUCUCACGGCUACCUGUGGGUGCUGAAGGACUACGCCUUGGCCAUGUCGACUGUUGGCAUUCGCCUGAUUGUCCUGGUUCCCAUAGCAUGGGCUGCGAUCCUCUACUUCCAAAAUGGUGAGGCUGCCUUGCUAGCUUGCGUGGCGCUGUUGGGCGUAGGCGCUUUUCUGGCUUGCCUCGCCUGUGCCCACAUGAAUGAACUCACCAAAGCUGCGGCCAUCAUCCAGUUGUCCUGCGAGUGCGUGCUGUCCUCUCCUCUUCUGCAGCUUGGGCCCUUGGGGGUUCUUGCGACAAGGCUCUGCACAACCGGCCUCAUGGUGUGCUGCCUCUUCAUCUCGCCGGCAGGUCUCUACUACAACCACCAGCAUCAUCAUUUCAGGUUCGACUGCGGGCAGGACUCCUGUCCAGCCAACCUGACCUUCUUCAUCUGGUGGUUGGGCAUGUUCCUUUGGACGGAUAGCACGAUCACAGCGAGCUGGGAGUUCGGUGUCGCCUACCUGGCUUCUGCCUUCUACACGACUGGUGGCGCAUGUGAGGCGAAGCCUGGCACUCGAGAAAAUUGCGAGCAUCUGUCGCACUUCUUCUGGGUGCUUUUCCGGUACCACUUCGGUACCAUGAUCAAAGCAGCAAUGAUCAUCGGAUUCCUACGUCCGUUUCGCUUCCUUCUGGGAACGCUGACAGCAGCCGCUCGGAUAGAUCACAACCUGCUGGGCUCCUUCAUAUCUGUCUGCUGCGGCUGCGUCGUGGACGUCUACGAGCGCCACUUCGAGAAGUUCUCUGCAAACGCUUACAUCGAGGUGGCGCUCUCCUCCGAACCACUUUGGAGCGCUGCCAAGAAGGCCAGCGAGAUAAGCCACCUUCAGGUGAAAACUGCAGGCUCCCUCAACGGCACGACCUUCAUCUUUCAGUUGAUCUGUGGAGCGAUGGUGUGGUGGGCGGGGUACUUCAUCGUCUACUUGACCGUUGGCGGGUAUGUCCCGGGACUCGAAGGCUACGGGGAUCCCUUCUCCGGACACUAUAUCGGCAACCCGCACCUCUGGUCCAAUGCUGGGGGCAUCCUGGCCGUGCUCGUGGCUUUUCCGUACAUGAUGGUUUUCGAUGCAGCGUCAGACACCAUCCUUUACUGCGCCAUGAGUGACAAGGUGCGGCAGACGGACGGAAACGAUGAGUCUUCUUGGACCGGGUGGUCAGACGUCGUGGGCCGCUUCUCCAAAGGCGUCGCACAAGCGUUAAGCCUCAGCUCCAGCGACGACGAGAGCUCCGGAACAUCUAGCUCCUCUCUGUGGAGGUGA